UCGCUGACAGCGAGGCUUCUGGAGGGAAGCGGGUCCGUUGGUCGGUUCGGAACGAGGCUGGAGCUGCCAGGCCCGCGCCUAGCCGUUGCCAUGGCAGCCACCGGCGGGGGCGCGGAAGACGAGUCGCGAUCGGGCCGCUCGAGCUCAGACGGCGAGUGCGCGGUGGCGCCGGAGCCGCUGGCGGAGGUCGGAGGCCUGUUCUCCUUUGCGGACCUCGGCGCUGCCCUGGGCAGCGGCGCAGGCCUCUCGGGCCGGGCGGUGGGCAGGGCCCAGUCCCCGCUGCGCUACCUCCAGGUCCUGUGGCAACAGGACGUCGAGCCUCGCGACGAACUGCGUUGCAAGAUUCCCGCCGGGCGACUGAGGCGUGCCGCCAGGCCCCACCGUCGUCUCGGGCCCACGGGCAAGGAGGUGCACGCUCUGAAGAGGCUGAGGGACUCGGCCAAUGCCAACGAUGUAGAAACAGUGCAGCAGCUGCUGGAAGAUGGCGCGGAUCCCUGUGCAGCUGAUGACAAAGGCCGCACAGCCCUCCAUUUUGCAUCCUGCAAUGGCAAUGACCAGAUUGUGCAGCUGCUCCUGGACCAUGGGGCCGACCCUAACCAACAGGAUGGUCUGGGCAACACGCCAUUGCACCUGGCGGCCUGCACCAACCAUGUUCCUGUCAUCACAACAUUGCUUCGAGGAGGUAUGUGGCCCCUUCCCCGUCCCCGCCCUUUUCUCCAUCUCAUCCCCAGCAUGGCUCCUCUGCCUGUUCCCACAGGGGCCCGUGUAGAUGCCCUAGACAGAGCUGGCCGCACGCCCCUGCACCUGGCCAAGUCGAAACUGAACAUCCUACAGGAGGGUCAUUCCCAGUGCCUGGAGGCCGUCCGGCUAGAGGUGAAACAGAUCAUCCACAUGCUUCGGGAGUACCUGGAGCGCCUGGGGCGACACGAACAGCGAGAACGGCUGGAUGACCUCUGCACCCGCCUCCAGAUGACAAGUACCAAAGAACAGGUGGACGAAGUGACGGACCUCUUGGCCAGCUUCACCUCCCUCAGUCUGCAGAUGCAGAGUAUGGAGAAGAGGUAGCAAGGAAGGCUGCUCCUUGUUUUGCCGCUGCCCUCGGAACUCUCUCCAGGGACCGCCCGGGGGCACCUUGCCCUUGGAUGCCGAGGGCGGAACUGACAGUCUGCAUCAUCUCUGGGUCAGGACCAGGACCACAGUCCCUGCUCCUGCUGCGUAAUGCCAGCCUCUGUAGCUACCUUCUAGGCCCACACAUGCCUUCCUAGCAGACACCACUCCUCCUGUGGCGGCCCUGUGCCUGCAGCAUGCCUCAGAGGCCCUCUAGUUCUUCCCAGCCAUGGACUUCUCUUACCGUCAUCUGUCUUGGGGUGGGCACUCUGAGGCUUCCCGGCUGCUACAGAUCUCCAAGCUUGCCCUGCCCCUUCCACCAGCACCUCAGUUCAGUCCUGCUCCUGACUUUGAAGGAAACACUGCACUGCGAGGUGUCUCUGAGCAGAAGAGGGACAUUGCUCAAGCUUAGAGCCCAAAGAAAGAUCUGCAGCUCCUCCCUCCCAGUCACUGAAACACUAGGAACGGGAUCCGUUUUACAGCCUAGUUGUCAGUGGUCGAUACUGAGUCAUGGGUCCUUAUUCCAGGAUCCUCUGGGCCUUAGGUAUUUCGACAAGAGACUGUACAGAUGCAUAACUAGAGAAAGAGGAUCCUGGAUCACUUAGGUGAGCUGAGUAUCACCCCAGGGAGCCCUGGGGGAGGAGGUAGGAGGUGACUGGCACCCUGUGGAUGUGAGAUGACUAUGUCAAGAAAGAAGCCAGGAGCUGCCAGGACAGCCACUGGUCCCUCAGAACCUCCAGCAGGGACUGGCUCUGCUGACAACUGCACUAGAGCCCAGCCAGACAUGUUUUCCUUUCUGGCCUCCAGAAUCGUGAAAAGAAAUCUAUUGGUUAAGCUGGA